AUGUCCAUCAACGCCAGUAACUCUGGACAAAACCCUGUCCAACUUCCGCCUCCGUCCCAACUCAGGGACCUGCCACCAGCCCCUAUCUACGAUGUGACCAAGUUCCCCGAUGAGAGAACUCAAAAACUACGUACUCUACUUCAAGCCGGCCAUGUCAAAGUGGCUCCGCUACGCGACCCUGAGUUAAUCCUCCAUAGCCAUCUCCCCCAUUUCUUGGGUUCAGCAUAUGGUCUUGGAGCCAGCAGCGACCAGCUAGAGAAAUCGUACGAGCAUGAGAUCACCCAGCUUGUGCCUAUUGCCCGUGGCUUUAUCCGCGGAGAUGCGAUCACCAAGGACAAUUGGAAGGAUUUCCUAGCCCAAAAACAGUAUACGGUUGCGUAUCAGGACUUUUUCGAUCGUGAAGUCGAAGAAAGACAGGGCGAUUGGGGUAAGGUCCUAGAAGAGUACCUGUAUACCGGGCCUCAACCGCUCAUUAAUGGCUGCACUGGAGGACUCGGCCAUCCUUUGAUCCAUCUGGCGUAUGCAUACGAAUUCCGCAGUAAAGAGGUGGCAACUCAGGCCUUGAGCCAGGGCUGCACGGAGUACAACCCACUGCAUUAUCUACUGGAUCAGCCUCCAUCAGACAGUGCGACGUACAAAACAACCUCACUGUCCGCUGUGUUCGAAAGGGUACGCACCGAUGUGCGGCUGGACGGGCUUUUCUCGGAGCCUGGGAUUGCGAACCUGGAAGUCCUACAGAAACCGGACCGCCUCGCUAUUGUGCUGGAACACUGGACUGCCUGGGAGGUGAAUGAUCCGUUGCGGUGUUUUGAGGAGUUUUGCGACCUAUCAGUCCUCCUUGCACUAAGCAACGGUAAUCCUCAUGAUUCCUUCGAUUUCUACAACGCACAUAUCAUGACGGUAGCGCAUGCGCUACGUAUCUUGUGGCAUUAUUUUCCACCGCAACAACGCGUUUCUGUCUUGCGGCAGUAUGCCCUCUUCGGGAUCAUGACCUAUAUCUGCCAGCAGCGCCCACGCUUUGACUUCGAGCUUAUAGAAGCCAUUAAGCUAGACGGCCGUGAUUGGGACUGGGUGAUUGAUACAGCAUUGCCGCAUAAGUGGGCUUUAGAUGUGCAUUUUUUCAAGGUGAUCCGUGCCGCCAAGGCGUUUGAGGAGACUUUCGGCCGCAAAGAUAAUUUCUAUUUGAAGGCUGCGGUUAAAUAUGUGACGGAGUUUCGAGGGUGGGAGGGAUACGGCAAGGGCGUGGCUGGAUUUAUUCCGAGCCGGGAUGGAUACAAGCCCGAAUGA